AUGGAGAAACCGUGGAAAUGUGGGGAGUGUGGGAAUGGUAUCCCUUCGCCAUUUGCGCUGGAGAUUCAUCGGCGUUUGCACACCGGGCAGCGGCUGUUCACCUGCACUCAGUUACACCACCUCCUGGCCCACGAAUGGGUCCACACCAGCAAGAACCCGUUCAUCUGCCCCGUGUGUGGGCAGGGCUUCACUCAGUCACACCACCUGCUGCCGCACCAGCAGAUGCACACCAGGGAGAAACCGUUUUCCUGCUCUGUGUGCGGGAAGGGCUACACCCAGUCGUAUCACCUGCUGCUCAGCUUCCGCGUCCACACUGGGGAGAAGCCGUUCACCUGUCCCUUGUGGAGCAACGACUUCUGCGAUUCCUCCACCCUGC